AUGACUCUGGCCGUCGCCAUUGUCCUCCUCUCCGGCACGGUCACCUUUGUCUACGUGGAGGAGCUGACGGCUGUCGAUGCUGCCUACCUCACCACUGUCACCGUAACCACCAUCGGCUUUGGCGACAUCGUCCCCACCACAGAUAACGGCAAGGGCGCAGUCGGGGUCUUUGUCCUCAUAGGUGUCGGCCUCGUCGGCUACGCCCUCUCAACCAUCUCGCAGAUCUCAGGCAACCGUGUCAAGGAUCUGGUGGCAAAGCUCCACUCGAAGGGUCUCUCAGACCCUUACGUCGUCCUCGGCCCGGCCGAUCGUGCAUCGUCAUCGUUCUGCGCCUCGCGCUGCCGCUGCUUUGUCUACUUUCCCUGCUGCGCCCCCGGUGGCGCCUGGUUCUACACCCCCGUGGCAAACGGACUCUCAACCCGAGCUGGCCUCACCCGCCUGUCUGUCUACGACUGGGACGCAAACACCGUCGACGACCUCAUCGGCUCGGUCCUAGUCCCCAUCCCGCCGCACAUUCUCCACGCCUCUCCGCCAGACGCCGAACGCCCGCACGACGCCCAGAGCCCAUACUCGGACGCCUACACCGGCAUCGGCCCCUCGUCGGCCUUCUCGUCUGCACAGGACGUUCCCAUCGAGCCGCUCUCCCAGACCCCACCCGAUGCCUGGUACCCGAUCAACGUCCCGCUCACGCUCUCUGACGACGCCGCAGACAUGUACCUUCGCGCUCCACCGCCGUCGGCGUCGACGACUUCGUCGUCGGUCUCUUCCGCAUCGUCGGCGCUCGACUCGGACACGACCGCGCUUGUGCCCAACCCGCGUCUCAAAAUCGCCAUUCGCCGCCACGGCGACGCCAUCGAGGUCAAGGUUCUCUCCGCCUCGGGCCUCCCGGUCAUGGACAUGUCCAUGAUCGGCAACGCGCUCCGCCGUGCGCUCAACAAGGACCUGCUCGAGGUCAUCCUCGCCUUUGCCGUUCUUGGCGUUCUUGUCGUCGGCGGCACCCUCGCCUUUGCCCACAUCGAGGACUGGCGCCUGCUCGACGCUUUCUACUGGGCCGUCAUCACCCUCUUCACCAUCGGCUACGGUGACAUUACACCUUCCACAAAGACCGGCCGCAUCGUCUUUAUCCCCUACGCGUUUCUUCUCCUCGGCUUUGGCGCCUACGCCCUCUCGCUGCUCAUGGACAAGUCGCUCGGCCUCCUCACCAAGUAUGCGCUCGUUGCUGCCGCAUCAAGCCAUGCCCGAUGCUGCAACAACUCGGCAACCCCACCCGAUGCCUGGUACCCGAUCAACGUCCCGCUCACGCUCUCUGACGACGCCGCAGACAUGUACCUUCGCGCUCCACCGCCGUCGGCGUCGACGACUUCGUCGUCGGUCUCUUCCGCAUCGUCGGCGCUCGACUCGGACACGACCGCGCUUGUGCCCAACCCGCGUCUCAAAAUCGCCAUUCGCCGCCACGGCGACGCCAUCGAGGUCAAGGUUCUCUCCGCCUCGGGCCUCCCGGUCAUGGACAUGUCCAUGAUCGGCAACGCGCUCCGCCGUGCGCUCAACAAGGACCUGCUCGAGGUCAUCCUCGCCUUUGCCGUUCUUGGCGUUCUUGUCGUCGGCGGCACCCUCGCCUUUGCCCACAUCGAGGACUGGCGCCUGCUCGACGCUUUCUACUGGGCCGUCAUCACCCUCUUCACCAUCGGCUACGGUGACAUUGCACCUGCCACAAAGACCGGCCGCAUCGUCUUUAUCCCCUACGCGUUUCUUCUCCUCGGCUUUGGCGCCUACGCCCUCUCGCUGCUCAUGGACAAGUCGCUCGGCCUCCUCACCAAGUAUGCGCUCGUUGCUGCCGCAUCCAAGCCAAUGCCCGAUGCUGCCAACAACUCGGCAAGUCCCGCCGACACCCACUGCUGGGCCUCGCUCCGCCACAAGCUCCGUGCUUGUGUCACCACCCGCCAGGGCAAGUUCCAGGUCCAGCUUGUCAUCGCCCUCGCCCUUACAGUUGCACUCAUCCUUGUGGGCGGCCUCAUCUCGCUCCAGGAGGGCUGGACCUAUCUCGCCGGCGUCGCCUUUGCCCUCGAGACCGCAUCGACACUUGGUCUCGGCACCCGCGUCCCGAAGACCGACGUCGGAAAGAUUCUCACCAUGGCCUUUGCCCUCUUUGCCGUCGGCGUCCUCUUCUCCGUCAUCUCGGUCGUCGCUCAGCUCUCGGUGGAGCGCUCGCUUGUCUUCAAGCGUGAGCUCCUCCGCCGUAAGGCCGAGGCCCAUGAGCUCGAGGCCCAGCUUGUCGCCCAAGCCUCAGGCCACGUUCUCGCCAUUGAUGCCCCGCACAGCCAGCCAUCCAUUGCAGCGCUCGCACCCGGCCUCUCCGCCGAGAGCCUGGCCCGCCCAUCCAAGUCGCGUUACGCGGCCACCCGUGACUGGGUCAAGACCUCCUUUGCCGCCCAGGUCUUCCUCGGCCUCGUCGGCUUCUUUGCCAUCAACUGCGCCGCUGCCGGUGGCCUUCGCUACACCGAGCGCGGCAUCAUCACCCGCUACCGCGACGCCAUGUACGCUUCGCUCAUCGUCUCGUCAUCCACGGGCUACGGCGACAUUGUGCCCAAGACCGAAGAGGGCUUUGUCAUCAUCUACGCCCUCCUCCUCAUCGCCUACACACUGCUUGUUUGGAUCAUCGACGUUGCCGACCGUGCCACCAAUGAGGCCGUAGGUAACGAUGUUGACAACACUCUCCUCGACUCGUCCCAAGUCAUUGUUGGCUCUGCACUUACCAAGCGCGCCCGCAAUCACCUCUCUACCUCGUCAUCGUCGUCGUCGUCAUCAUCGUCAUCACUCGCUUCGGACGCCGCAGGCACCCGCUCCCGCGGUCGCACCCCUGCCUCCCACCCCAACAGCCGCGGUCGUGGCCGAGGCCGUGGUCGCGGCCGCGGUCGUGGCGCCCGCGCUCCUCGCAACGUUCCUCGCGCUUCUCACCCAGCCCAGCGCAACGCUGCUCGCGACCGUCCUCGACGCGCCCCCGGCCGCGCCCCGCCGUCCACUCGCGGACGGCGCCCGCGGCCGACCGGCCCUCACUAAGCUCAGUGUCUGGCGCAGGAACUUUACUCACUCUGCCAGCGAAAGCAGCAGCGCCGCGCCGCGCUUGAUCCACCAGUCGGCAUUCUUCGAGCACCGCAGGUCGACGUUGAGCAGGAAGCAUCCGUCGGCUGCCCGCC